AUGACUGAUAUUGCAACUAAUAGAACCAAUAUUACAACUUGGAACUGGAUAAAUGGUAGUUUCCCUUAUUUACAACCACUAUUCUUCUUUUCAAAAGAUCAUAAUAAUGCCACUUUUCUCAACACAAAGUAUAAAAAGUUUAUCACCAUGCCCAUAAAUAUAAUGCAUUCAUUGAUUAAAGCAAUAGAUUUUGAAGAACAAAGCAUUCUGUCAAAUGCGAUCACUGCAAACACUAAUACUACCAUAACUACCCAGCCUUUUAUUAUUUUCCAAAGGGAAAUGAACUAUUUUUUUAGUUGGUACUCUUUGGCAUGCUUACUUUUCGCAUUGAUAUUAAAUAGAAUUGCAAGCAUGGCAAGCACUGUUCGUUACAAUCUCAUCACUAUGACUAAUAAAUGGAAUAGGUUUAUAGAAAUAGCAUUACGUUUAGUUGCAAUUUCAUUUGUGUCAUAUAUAGGCUAUGUUUUUUACAACAGUCUUAUCAUUGAUAAUAAUAAUAAUAAUAAUAAUGCGUCUAAUAAUAUACCUAUAUAUCAUUUCACAGCACAAUUACCUUCCUCCUAUUACUUAAAAUUGUGUUAUGUUGCCGUGAGUUUCUCUGAAUCUAUUGAACUAUUGAUCAAUACAAUAUACAAUGGCGGUAAAGCACCACUUUCAGUUUUCGAUUAUACUAUUUUCGACUUAACUCUACUAUUUUAUAAAAUAGAACAACAGCAAUCAUUAAAAACACAUUCAAAUAUGGGACCGAUCACAAUAGAACAAGAUUCAUUGGUUGUGAUUGGUUAUGUUUUGAUUGCACAAAUUACAAUUCACAUAUUAGAAGCAACCCGUACUAGGAAAAAAUGGCUAUAUUUUUCAACCGCUCUUAACGUUUUAUAUAUCGGAUAUUUGAUUUCCCAACUAUAUAGGUUUCCCGAAUGGCCUACAGUUGUUCAAUUUAACUCAGUGCCCAAGUUGUUAAGUUUGUUGAUCGUUUUAGUGUCAUUGUUAUGUUUUGGAAUGGCUUGUGUUGUCAUGGGAUUCAGCAACCUGUCUAGUUUACAAUAUUAUGGUUUCAUUACCAAUCUCAGAGGGCAAUUGAAUUACACCGGUGAAGAAGAUUUUUACAAAAUAUUAAUUAAAUUAACGUUAUUUUUAUCUUCUUUUGGCGAUAAUGCCAAUAACAGCGAGGGGGGGGCAGAAGAAGAAGAGGAGGAGGAAGGGCAGGGGAUUGGUAGUUCCAGUAGCACUAUUUUUUCUAAAAAGAAUUCACCGUUAUUACAAAAUAAUUUCGGCACCAUUAAAAACACAAGGAAUGAUAUAUGUGGUUAUAAAAAUAGGUUUGACACAAUACCUGAUUUUAUGAGCGCCAAUGAUUAUGAAAGUGACUCCUUUGGUACGUCUAAUGGCAGCGGAACAAGAGCCUCUGAUAAUGAUAGAAAUUCAAUCAUCAAAUGGAAAAUUGUCAUUUGUUAUAGGUUAAUUAAAAAUAUACCAGAAACAAUUAGAAAUUCAUUUGUUAAAAGAAAAGACAUUAGUGCUAACAAUAACAACGGUAAAGGAAAACAAAAGUCACCAUCAAAUAAUAAAAUAUCAGAUAUUGAUAUUAAUGAAGUAAUAACAAGGAAAAAUUAUAAAUACUUGUUUAUUAAUGAUAAAAUAAGAUUAUUUCCUGAAGUUGAUAGUUCACCGGAUUAUGAUCCAAACAAUGAUAAAGUAUCUGUUGACAAUGACAACAGUGAACUUGAUAGUAUUUGUGAGGGAACGGAGUCAGAAUCUGAGCUGUAUAACUUAUAUGAAGAUUUGCUUGUAAAGCAAAGUAAUAACAGUAUCGUAGAUUCGCAAAACAAUAAUGGUGAUGAUAAUGAUGAUGAUUUUUCAUGGGAUGUGUGGCAAAUAUUAAAGUUUAGUCAGAAUAGGAGUACUACAUCCUCGGAGCCUCAUAUGUUAACUAGGUCUAAAUAUAUGGAAAUGAAUGAAUCUACUUUGUUAAAGGACAUGAUAAAAAGGAAACAAUUAUCUAACAACAAUUCUGGUGUGGCUGAAAACAUUUAUAACCAUGAGGAUCCACAACUUGAUGACUUGGAGGAACAACAAUACCUAUGCGUGGUAUGCAGAACUAAUAUGAAAAAUAUUAUAUUGUGGCCUUGCAGAUGUUUUGCUCUAUGCGACGAUUGUAGAAUAUCCUUGGGUGUCCGUGGUUUUAAAAACUGUUGUUGUUGUAGAACUAAAAUAAAAGGUUUUAGUAAAGUUAAUAACGUAUAG